AGCUCCAUUUUCAGUUCACCAACAGGAAGCUAAACAAUAUACGAUGUGGAAGCUAAAGUUUGGUGAGGGGGCAAGCAACCCACUGCUCCGCUCCAGCAACGGCUUCCUCGGCCGGGAGACGUGGGAGUUCGACCCCAACGGCGGCUCGCCGGAGGAGCACGCCGUGGUCGAGAGGCUCCGCCGCGACUUCACCCGCAACCGCUUCACACAGAGGGAGUGCAGCGACCUCCUGAUGAGGAUGCAGUUUGCAAAAGAGAACCAAGUUUACAGUAAACAUGAAGUAAGCAAUCUUAAAGACAGUUCAGAAGUCACAGAAGAAGUUCUAUUAACGUCUUUAAGACGUGUUCUUGAUCAAUAUUCCUCUUUGCAAGCACCAGAUGGGUAUUGGCCUGGUGGUUACAGCGGGAUUUUGUUCAUUCUGCCGCUCAUGAUAUUUGCCUUACAUGUGACUAAGUCACUAAACGAUGUCUUAUCAUCUGAGCAUAUACGUGAGAUAUGCCGCUACAUCUACAACAUUCAGAAUGAAGAUGGGGGUUGGAGUACACAUACUUUAGGCCCAAGCUCCAUGUUUGGCUCAUGUGUUAACUAUGCUACCUUAAGGCUCUUAGGGGAGGUACUGGAUGAACACAAUGAUGGAUUAUCAAAAGGGCGUGCCUGGAUUCUGUCUCAUGGCAGUGCAACUGUAGCACCACAAUGGGCAAAGAUAUAUCUCUCGGUAAUUGGUGUUUACGAUUGGUCAGGGAACAAUCCAAUUAUUCCAGAACUAUGGUUGCUUCCACAUUUUCUUCCCAUUCAUCCAGGAAGAUUUUGGUGCUUUUGCCGGAUGGUUUAUAUGCCAAUGUCUUAUAUAUAUGCAAAAAGAUUUAUUGGGCCAAUAACUCCAACUAUACUGGCACUAAGAGAAGAGCUCUAUGAUGUACCAUACAACAAGAUCAAUUGGAACAAUGCUCGCAUUUCUUGUUGCAAGGACGACAUUAUUUAUCCUCCUUCGUGGUUCCAAAACAUUGCUAUGGCUUCUUUACAUAAAUUUAUGGAACCACUAUUUAAUAUGUGGCCAAUGAACAAGCUAAGAAAAAGAGCUUUGACCAACCUCAUGGAUCAUAUUCACUAUGAAGAUGAAAACAGCAAUUAUGUGGGUUUAUGCCCAAUUAACAAGGUAUUAAAUAUGAUUUGCUGCUGGAUAGAAAAUCCGAACUCCAAUGCAUUCAGACGACACGUUCCAAGGAUUCAUGAUUUCCUAUGGCUUGCAGAAGAUGGAAUGAAGUCAAAGGUGUACGUUGGUAGCCGGUGCUGGGAUACUGCCCUUAUAGUUCAGGCCUACUGCUCAACCGGCCUUACCCAAGAAUUUAGUGAAACUAUCAAGAAAGCUCAUGAUUUUAUAAAGAAUGCGCAGGUAACCAAGAAUUGUCCUAAUUACAAAAGAUAUUACCGUGAAAGGUCAAAAGGUUCAUGGACAUUAUCAAAUGGAGAAAAUGGAUGGCCUAUUGCGGAUACUCUUGCCGAAUGCCUUAAGGCGGUGUUGUUGUUAUCAAAGAUUCCACCAACCCAAGUAGGAGAUCCAAUUCAAGAACAAAGGUUGUAUGAUGCUAUUGACUGCCUACUUUCAUAUGUGAACAAGGAUGGCACUUUGUCCUCUGCAGAAUCUAAGAGAACAACUCCAUGGGUGGAGUUCAUCAACCCUUCCGAGAGUUUCCGGAACAUAAUUGUGGAUUACCCGUACGUGGAAUGCACAUCAUCACUAAUUCAAGCCUUGAUACUGUUUAAAGGCGUUCAUCCUGGAUACCGCCGUGAAGAGAUAGAUAGAAUUAUCAAAAAUGGUGUGUUGUUCAUCGAGAAAAAACAAAAAAAUGAUGGAUCGUGGUAUGGAUCUUGGGCUGUCUGUUUUACUUAUGCUACCUUCUUUGCUAUAAAAGGACUGGUUGCGGCAGGAAGAACAUUCCAAAACAGUUUGUCUAUUAGGAAGGCAUGCAACUUCUUGCUGUCAAAGCAGCUAAGUACUGGUGGAUGGGGAGAGGAUUACCUCGGUUGUCAAGUUGAGGAGUAUAUUGACAGUGGGAGGCCUCAUGUAGUUCACACUGCGUGGGGAAUGUUGGGCUUAAUAUAUGCUGGACAGGUUGAAUUAGAUCCAGCACCAUUAUACCGUGCGGCCAAAGAAUUAAUCAACAUGCAGCUGGAGACAGGAGAAUUUCCACAACAAGAAAUUCUUGGGAGCUUCAAUUCCUCCCUCUUCUUCAAUUACACAAACUACAGGAACUUGUUCCCAAUCUGGGCCCUAGGAGAGUUUCACCGCCGACUUCUAGCAAAAAGGGCUUAAAGGAAUCCCUCAUUACCUACAUAUAUUGUACUUCAUCUAAAAAUAAUCAGACAUGUAUUGUAAUAAACGUAUCCACCAUAGCUCAAAAGAUCUUGCUAUCGACUAUCCAAGUUGAAUAUUCAAUUUUUAUUUUUUGGAGUAAGCAGGAGAACUGCAUGUCAUUGCAUUGUGAAGAAGAAAAAAAAUAUUUACAAUAGAUUUUAAAAUGCUGAAAAUUAUGACAAGUAA